CGGCGUGUAUGUGUGCUUAAUUCGUACGAGUAAUUUCCGCCAGGUUCGCCGUGCCCUCUGGACUGGAGCGUAAGGUCUGGAUUUCAGCGACUGGCUCCGCCACCGAUUUCAAAUAACUUGAGGAAAAUGGAAACAGAUGAGGCUCAAGAUAUGUCCCAGGUUUCAGGAAAGGAAAGUCCUCCAAUUAGUGAUGUCCCAGAUGAUGCAGAUGAACCUAUGCCUGUACCAGAGGACCUUUCAACUAGUACUGGAGGACAACAGAGUGCUAAGAAUGAUAGAGUCUUGGCCGGUAAUAUUAAAAUAGAGACUCAGAGUGAUGAAGAGAAUGGGCGUGCCUGUGAAAUGAAUGGGGAAGAAUGUGCGGAGGAUUUACGAAUGCUUGAUACCUCGGGAGAGAAAAUGAAUGGCUCACACAAUGGCCCAGGCAGCAAGGCUAUGUCAGGAGUUGGAGGCAUUCGACUUCCUAACGGAAAGCUAAAAUGUGAUAUCUGUGGGAUAAUUUGCAUCGGUCCCAAUGUGCUCAUGGUUCACAAACGAAGUCACACUGGAGAACGCCCUUUCCAGUGCAAUCAGUGCGGAGCCUCCUUUACACAGAAGGGCAACCUUCUGCGCCACAUAAAGUUGCACUCGGGUGAAAAGCCCUUCAAGUGUCACCUGUGUAACUAUGCCUGCCGUCGCAGGGAUGCCCUCACGGGACACCUGAGGACUCACUCAGUUGGAAAACCCCAUAAAUGUGGAUACUGUGGUCGCAGCUAUAAGCAGCGCAGUUCUUUGGAAGAACAUAAAGAACGCUGUCAUAACUACCUGCAAACCAUGAAUAUCUCAGGCAGCCUUUAUUCAGUCAUAAAAGAGGAAACUAACCAGAGUGAAAUGGCUGAAGACCUGUGCAAGAUAGGGUCAGAAAGAUCCCUCGUGCUGGAUAGACUAGCAAGUAACGUCGCCAAACGUAAGAGCUCUAUGCCUCAGAAAUUUGUUGGUGAGAAAUGUCUGCCCGAUCUUCCAUACGAUGCCACCACCAACUAUGAGAAGGAGAAUGAGAUAAUGCAGACGCACGUUAUAGACCAGGCCAUUAAUAAUGCCAUCAGUUACCUGGGGGCAGAGUCCUUGCGUCCCCUUGUCCAGACACCACCAGGUGGUUCUGAGGUGGUUCCGGUCAUCAGCCCCAUGUACCAGCUCCACAAACCUCUCGGGGACAAUCAGGCUCGCUCCAACCAUACAGCUCAGGACAGCACAGUGGAAAACUUGUUGCUGCUUUCCAAAGCCAAAUCUGUCUCCUCUGAACGAGUUGCCUCUCCCAGCAACAGCUGCCAAGACUCAACAGAUACAGAGAGCAAUAACGAGGAACGCAGUGGUUUAAUUUACCUGACAAACCACAUAGGUCCCCAUGCAAGAAAUGGCAUCUCUAUAAAAGAAGAAAACAGGCAAUAUGAUGUCCUGAGGGCAGGUACUGACAAUUCCCAGGACGCUUUCAAAGUGAUCAGCAGCAAUGGGGAGCAAGUGAAAGUUUACAAGUGCGAACACUGUCGAGUCCUUUUCUUGGAUCACGUGAUGUAUACGAUCCAUAUGGGCUGCCACGGGUUCCGCGAUCCUUUUGAAUGCAACAUGUGUGGCUACCAUAGCCAGGACAGGUACGAAUUCUCUUCCCACAUAACUCGAGGGGAGCACCGUUUCCACAUGAGUUAAAACUCCUCCGGCACAGAUCUAGCCGCAACAGCUGCGUUACUGGAGCUGCACAAGCCACAACCGCGACAAAGCACAAGUCAGCUGGACAAUAAAAGUAACAAGAGAAUCAAGAGUUCAGCUGUCUUCUCCCACAACAAAAGAUUUUUCCCUUUGGGAGCACGCAUUCCAACUCAGUUUUCUAAAACGAGUACUAAAGUUUUUAUUGAAAAUGUUUGAUCACAAAAAACCUUUAGUAAUGUACGUAGGAGCUUUUGUAGUCACGUAGCUGAAAGACCUUCCCUUAACUGAUGCUUCUUGCAAACCUCCCUUGCCAAAACUGUUAACCAUGCACAGAAUGCACCACACGGACAAGGACGCAACAGGCAGGAGUGGCCGGGUUUUCUUUCUUAACACCCUAAGCACAGGGCUCUUACACCAGAUGUAUGGUUUUUUGACUUCCUGGUAUUAUUUGACUCUUUUGGGAAGAUUAAACUCAACUAAAGAUGGAGGGGCCCCAUCUCAGAUGACUUCACAGACAGCUGUGGUGGGAUGGAACCCCUCCCAGUCAGAGUCUUCUGAGUUGCUUGGGCCGUAAAAAGUAGAACGUUUCCACCUGCAAGGGUGCUGCUGGUAUCGACAUCACAGCAUGCCUUGUUUGUGUCACUAGGCAGACGAGCAGGUGUGUGAAGAAACACCCUUGUAAUAUAUUCUGUGAAGUAUAAAUUGCAAUUAAUGUAUAGAAAAAGGGCAUUGUUGGCUCUUCUUUGAAAAAAUGUUUUCUCUCCCUAUCCAAUAAAACCCCACUUUUUGUUAAGCAACUCCUCCUCUCUCUGCAUAACAAGUUACAAUAUCCCUUCCUUACAUAUGAAAAAAAAAAAAAAAUCCCAUCUUGCUUGCACAGCAGAUGUCCUCUUGUAGAUUUUGUGGCUCUACUCAUAAGUGUUGCACUUAAUUAUUUUUAAAGCAAUGAGCUGAAUUAAACCAGCCAGUCAAAAUUUGUAGCCUUCUCCUUUUUUCCUGGCACUUGCUGUUUAAUGAGGGACCAAGCCCUGCAAAGGUGUUGAGAACCCUGACUUCGUAUUCAACAAAUCAUUUCACCAUGUGCUUUAAAUUACUUUUACUUCAGUAGAACUAAUUUUAAGGUUAAAAAAAUGGUGUUUUGUUGAAUGAAGACCAGAGACUGCAGCACUUCGCAGAGUGCAGUGAAGUCCACCAAGAGCUUUCUCCUUAGUGGGUCCUGCUGCAGAUACUGUAACUUCAGUUAGCAUAAAGACUUCCAUGACAAAUAGAUUUUAACCCCAAACACAGCUGAUAUAAAAAAUUACUUUUUUUUUUAAAGCUUCUACUUAGCUUCCUCUUCCAAAUAGUUCAUUCCUCUCCCUGAAAACCCUCGUACUUUAAGAUUGGGCAAAAAAGAGAUUUUUGCAGCUGCAUGUCUGUCGUCGGUGCUGCAAUACUUCCUGGGCAACAUUCGUAAGAAUAACCCAUCUUAUUAACUUAAUGUAUAAAUACUUCCACUGUGCAUAAUAAAUGGAUAUUCUGCAAUAAACACAAUCAUAUAACCAACGGGACUAGCAGUCUUGUCAUACAGUUACACGUCCUCCAUUCUCAAGUGCACGCAGGCACAUAUAUUCAUUGUAAAAGAAACUCGAUGGAACCAUGACCGCUUGUGCCUAGGCCAAUUGGGCCUGAUAUGUGUAGCUAUAUUUGAUAUACAUUUCCUAUAUACACAUACUAUUACAGGCAAGUAGAGUUCCUUCUUCUGCUUUCACUUUUGCAGGUGUAAGUCAGGAGCAACAACACUGAAGUUAGAGGAAAGAUACUUAUGAAAUAAUGAAUUACAAAUAUAUGCUUUUACAAUCUCAUGUCUUAGCUUUUCGUGCCAACUGUAAGACACUUACUUCAUAUGACACGUGGGCACAGAGGUGUUUUUAGAUUGACAGUGCAUGCGUGCAUGCUGGUUUAGUAGCUUUGUCGCCAGAUGUGAAUGCAGCGUAUGAACGUCCAUAGACUGACGCGUACACCCACAACAGUGAAAACAAAUUACUAGUCCAAGUUAGGCAGGCUGGUACAUACCAGAUGGCAAAUGACCCCCCCAAAAAUGAGUAGUGUAAACUACAGGCCCAAAGGUGAUCCCUCUCUCCCUCCAUUAUAACUCAGUUGCCUUGAGAGACAUUAUUGUGUGUUACCUUCCAGCCCGAGACACUGUGCAGGGGAUGGGCGCAAGGAAUCAUCGGCCACUUUCAUGCCCCAACUAUGAUUUUCUCAUCAAUGCCUGCUAUGCAUUCAGCUUCAAGACAGACUCUACCUGGCAGCGAGCCAUUACCAAACAUUUUAUACAGGAAUGACCUGAAGAGGUCCUUCAAGAUGGGAGCUUACAGUGAUGAUUUUCCUUUAUUAGAUUGUUGGGUUGUUGUUUUUUUUUUUAAUAAAGUUGAAAUUAGUUCAUUUUUACAUAGCUGGUAGGGACACAGUCAGCUGUUUUUACCCCCUCCACUUUUGACAGAUACUGACCAAGAAGGGCCAAAGUGAUUUCCCAGCCCUGCUGCAAUGUCCUGUGUGAAGUCAGAUGUUGGCUGUACAGAAACAUUCUGCUUUUAUUGCUCUUAAACCUCUUUCCUACUGUUCUUAGAGUUAGGCUGCCCCGUGCUAUAAUUUUUUUAAACCCUUCGUUUUAAGACACCCCAAGCCAUGAAGGGGAGGGGGACAGAAGCUUACUCAGGUGGUUUUGUUUCUUUGCUUUUACUAAAAUCCAGCACAAAUAAAGCCACGUUCAUUAACCAUGUAAACAAGCAUAGCUCCAGUGGAGUUUAAGACUGCCUUGAACUUAGCUUAAAUGUGAUUUCCGCUUACUGGGUAGGUUCACUGCCUUUGCAGCAUCUCUGUGCAAACAUGCACGUCUAUGAGUUUCUGUGUCACUUUUCUUGUUGACAUGCACAUGCCCGAUCUGUGGUUUUGUGUAUCAUUAAUAUUUUAUAUACAUAUGUAUAUGUGUAUAUAUAUAUAAAAUGGUUCGUACGACAUCAUGAUGCACUGUCAAUCACAGUGGGUUUGUUUCCUGGGUCUGGAGUUUUCUUAUUUAUACUGUAACAGAAUAUGUUGAUGUUGUUUAUUAAAGAGCACAGUAGCCUAAAUAGCAUAUUAAGACACAGUGUAUCACAGGGCAUAGUCUAAAGGCAGGAGCAAACAGAGUUCUCUGUUCACGAAGGAGCUUUUUUAGGUUUGCUUUUUUGCGGUGUUUUUUUUUUCUUUUUUGCACAAAAUCAUCUUCAAUUUGUUUAGAAACAAGUGUUUCAAUGAUUUUAUUUAUGAACAUAUGCAAGGAUGGCAUGAAAAUAGGAUGUUGUGUGUGUGUGUACAUCAAAACAAACUGUGCCCUCAGAAAAUUAUUUCAGUGUAAUCUCCCUUUUUCCCUUCUUUUGCUGUGGUGAACCCUAAAACAAGUAAAUAUGGUGAAUGGCUUUAAGUUUAUAUCUGUUUUUAAAAAGUAAAAAAUAACUGCUUCCCAGCCCUUCCCCAGACACUGCCAAUAGAAAAGUUACGUUUACACA